CUGCUUGAUGCAGUCAGCAACCAUCAAAGAUUGACUUGGAGAGGACCAAACACCACAUGCAUGCCUUGACAAAAGGAACAGAUCCUUCUUUCUUCUACCUCCCUUUGAGGAGACCUAAUUGAGUGAGUUCUCUUGGAAGAUGGGCCUGAGAGACUGCCCUGUGGAUGAAUCAUCCUUUGGCUUCUGCUUCCAAUCUCCUCCCUUGUGUCAGUGGCUCAAGACACCACCCUCCUCUUCUUCCUCCUCCGCCUCCUCCUCCUCCUCCUCCUCAUCAUCAUCAUCGUCUUCGUCUUCUUCCUCCUCUUCCACGCCGCCACAGCAAGACCAAGAAAUGGUGCUUCAACAAGAUCAUCUCCCGUCACAAGGACUGCGGUGCUUGCCUCUGCUGAGCAGGCUUGAGGAUGAUGAGAAGCACAUCAAAGAGGAGCACAAAGGAGCCCGAGACGACGUCAGCACGGCCCUGAACAUCGGAUUGCCUGGUGGCGCUUCCGAAGAUUUGGAUGAGGAGAAGAGCAGGUUGUUGAUGUGUAAGAAGGAAGAACACCGGAAGGAGGAGUCGGAGGAAUCAGUGAGGAGCAGCUGUUUUGGCAGUGAGAGCAGGUAUUGGAUCCCUACAGCAGCUCAAAUCCUGAUAGGGCUGGAGAAGUUUGCUUGUUCCGUGUGCAACAAGACCUUCAAUAGGUAUAACAAUCUACAGAUGCAUAUGUGGGGGCACGGACCGGAGUACAGGAAGGGACCAGAAUCGCUCAAAGGAGCGCAACCCAUGGCGAUGCUGAAGCUUCCAUGCUACUGCUGUGCCCGCGGGUGCAAGAACAGCAUCGACCACCCACGGGCGAAGCCAUUGAAGGACUUCCGAACGCUUCAGACCCACUACAAGCGGAAGCACGGCAUCAAGUCCUUCGCGUGCCGCAAGUGCAGUAAGCCCUUCGCGGUGAGAGGGGACUGGAGGACCCACGAGAAGAACUGCGGCAAGCUGUGGCUGUGCUCCUGUGGCUCCGACUUCAAGCACAAGCGCUCGCUCAACGACCACGUCAGGUCGUUCGGGAAUGGCCAUGCGGCUUGCUUCACCUCCCGUGACGCUUCUCGAGAAGCCGAUCGAGUUCGAUCGGUGGAGUAAAGACGGAUGUAUGCGGAGUGCUCUCUCGUGCUCAGGAACAAAAAACUCUUGUGAUGUCUUCUUCUUCGGCACCGCCGCCGGAGGACGGAAGGCGGAGGGAGUGGUUUGUUGCCGAGCAUGAGAAGCAGCAGCAGUAGAGCUAUUACAAGAUUGGUGGUUUGGUCGAUGAAUAAGAGAGAUCAAGAUGCAUCGAGAAACGUAGGUAAUCGGUCAUACAUCUACCGCGUUUGAUGGUAUCUCAUCUAGUUUUUCGUGUGAUGUUCUUGAUGUGCUGUAAUGCUGGUUAAACAUGGAAAUCUGAUAAUAGAUUUGGUCUCAAGAUAAACAGAGAAAAUGUUGCACGAGUAUGCUUGAGAAUUCCAAGGAAUAUGAGCUUGGGGGAAAUUGAU